UACUUCUUGUUAACUGGUCACACUAGACAAAGGAGAAUAGUUUCACUUGAUUAUUUUUUUGUUGUUCCUUCAAUAUGUCCACGAGAUCUUCAUUCGGCGAUGAAGAGCAGAACAAAGUGCCCCGCAUUAUGACCUUCCGUCCCAGCUACGAGGAGUUCAAAAAUUUUUCCGCCUACAUAGAGUACAUUGAGUCCCGCGGAGCACACUUAGCCGGCUUGGCCAAAAUCCAGCCACCUGCGGAAUGGGUGCCACGAAAGUCGGGAUACGACAUAGAGAACAUUAACAUGACCAUUCCGGCACCGAUCUGCCAAGUGGUCACAGGGGCCCACGGGGUGUACCAGCAAAUCAACAUCCAGCAGCGCCGGCAGAUGACCUUGCGCCAGUUUAUGGAAAAGGCCAAUUCCGAGCUUCACCAGACACCGAGGCACUUCGACUACGAGGAUCUGGAGCGCAAGUACUGGAAGAACAUCACCUACAUAUCGCCACUAUACGCAGCCGAUGUCAAGGGAUCGCUGAGUGACGAAGAACUCGACGUGUGGAACAUUGGGCGACUGGACACCAUAUUAAACCUGGUCAAUACCGACUACAACAUAAUCAUCGAUGGCGUGAACACGGCCUACCUCUAUUUUGGCAUGUGGAAGAGCUCUUUUGCAUGGCAUACCGAGGAUAUGGAUCUGUAUUCCAUUAACUAUCUGCAUUUUGGAGCACCCAAAACUUGGUACGCCAUCCCGCCCGCGUAUGGCCGACGACUGGAGAAGCUGGCAAACGAAACAUUCACUGAGAACUACCAGGAGUGCAAUGCCUAUCUUCGCCAUAAGAUGACCAUGAUCAGUCCGAAGGUGCUCCGCCAGCACAACAUUCCUUACAACAAGAUCACUCAGGAGGCGGGUGAAAUCAUGAUCACAUUUCCCUUCGGGUACCAUGCCGGAUUUAAUCAUGGCUUCAACGGCGCCGAGUCAACCAACUUUGCAUCGAAACGUUGGAUAGAGUACGGCAAGCGGGCAAGUAUCUGCCGAUGCCGAAGCGACAUGGUUAAGAUCUCGAUGGAGACCUUCGUACGCCGUUUCCAGCCAGAGCGAUACGAUAAUUGGUUAAGAGGUCAGGACAUUGGCAGUCACCCCGAGGAGCCGGACAAAAUAUGCGCUGCAGCCCCCCCCACUUUGAAUGAGUAUGAAAAACAGAAAAGUUUACGUGCUUCCAAAUCCAAGGAAGAAUCUCCACAAAAGCGGGGUUGCUCGCUGGCUGGCAAUGGAUGCGAGUCAAACGAGGGUUCCGCCGAGGAUGUCGACGAUAGGACCAGUGUAAGCAGCUAUAACAGCUGCCGCCAGCUGCAGCCAGUUGUCAAACUACGAAAACUCCCACCCACUGCGUCUGUACCUGAACCAUCUUCGGCGCCUAGGAGAUACGACUUCAACUCUGAGGCUGUGGUGCGCGUAAAGCGCCUUUGGAAUGAACUGCCCUGUCCUAAUCCUGGGGUUAACCUGCUCACCAAUGGUGUAGUAAAGAACACCAAACGAAUGCGCUUCCAGACAAAAGUACUCACUCUUGACGACGAGGAUUGA